GGACCGCAGUCGCAAAAAAUCACGCAAGUUUUGAGACGCUUUCUCUGUUGAAGUGCUCUGGGCAAAGGCAAGACACUGCUGGUCGGGAUGCGCGCCUUCAGCACGGUACAGUGCAGGAUGUCUGCAGCUACAGGGUGCAACAGAUCGCAUAUGAUGGUCUGUAGCAGGCCAUCAGUCAGGAUAGGGACACCACGGGCGUUUACAGUGGUGGUCCCUCGGCGGCGAAUGAUGGUGGUGCGCGCCGAGCAGAAGGACGACAAGGAGAAAAAGCAAACAGACAAGCUGGUCAAAGGUCUGGACAAAAACACUGCGCAGAAGGUCCUCCAGGUCUGGGAGCAGUCAGGCGCAUCGUCACCGGACGAGCUCAGAAAACUGCUUGUCAAGCGGUCUGUGCAGAGCGCCGGCGUGGUCCUUGUGCAGACACUCUUAGACGCAGGGGCUUCAUGGGGAGGUUUCACAACAGCGCAAUAUCUGUCACAGGGUGGGGAUUUCUUUGGAAAGAUUGUGGUGCAGUACCUGGCCUAUUUCCUGGGCCUCUAUUUUGCCAUUGGCGUCUUCCUGGACCUCUUUCUGCUGGGGGCCACUGCCUUUGCUGGCAUCAAUUACAGCACCAACGCCGAAGCCUUCCUCAAGGCUGUGAAGCAGGUGGCGGGUGACAGUCCUAACGGCCUCAGCGUGGUCAACAAGGCGCAGAACGCGGUCAACACCCUGAAGAUCAUCACCGCUCUCAAUGAGAUCUCCGACAUCCUCAAGAGCAAGGGCAGCGCGGGAGCUGCGCCGGCGGACACGCUGCAGAACCUGCAGGUGUUCCUGACCCUCCAGAAGGCCGAGGAGAAGGGAUUCAGCCCAGACAAGUACGGGCUGACGCCUGAUCAGGCAGCGGAUCUCGCAGUCAUCUUUACAAAGUAUGACACCAACGAUGACAUGGUCCUGGAACCGUCGGAGGUCCGCAAGCUCUUCCAAGAGGAGGGAUAUGACUUUGAUGCGGCUGAGUCGAAGGAAGCUGUCAAGCUUCUGGACAAGAACAACGACGGGAUCAUCAGCUUUGAGGAAUUUGUUGAAUGGUCACAAAGCAAGUUGGACCCUGCCAAAGCACCAGCCAAGGUGUAAUCUGCUGCUUGCGCAUCAUAUGAUUUUUGCACAGCUUGGGGAGGAACGGGGACUGCGUCAGUGUCUGUACCUUUGGAAGGGUCCAGGCACAGUCCAAUAAGUUCAGAUCGCUGAUUGUGAUCAGUGUACUGUUUUGUUCUUCAUCCGCUUGAGCAUAUGCUUCUUGUAGAGUCCAAUGUUGAUUUUGAGUGAGAGUUCUGCGAGUUUCAUUUCUGCAAAUGACAGCUUCUACUUCCGAUGCGCCACUUUAACGGUGGCCACGGAGCCAUGAAGUCUGAUCAGACGGACGUUCGAUUGAAUUUAGUACGUAGCCAGCUCUUUGAGGCUUUAGCUUUCCGGGCUCCUUCUAUUCACAUCAUGUCAAUAAUGGUUGGGU